AGAGGCAUAAUAAAUAACUUCAUUCCUAUAAAUAUACUCCCCUCCCUUUGUCUCUCUGCAAAGGAAAAUCGCCAAAUCCCUCCAAAAAAGCUUUGCUGAUGCAACUGCUGGCUGCUGCAAUGGCCUACUAACGUUGACAAUUUAGACAGGACGAAAAAUAGCGAUGUUUUCUGUUCCUUAAACCGCACAAGAAAAUACUCGAAAAUAAUACAACGAUGUCUCAAAAUAAUACACCGGCAUUUGUAUACCAACGCCGGGGGCAUUAUAGUAAUUCCAAUGCCGUUCACGCAAUUGAGACAUCUACCGGCUCCAAGCCUAGCGAUGAUGGCAGUCACUCUGCCGUCACUUCCUUUUUCGACCGCACGACAGAAGCUGUAAAGUCUCUUAUUUCGCGCUGUGAUACAAGGGCAACAUCGUCCUUUAGCAACGAUAACUGUUCGUCAUCGAAAUCGAACAUGGUACCUUCUCACUCGGGCGAGUGCUCCUCUUCGAACUUGGUGUCGGAAAGAGAUAUAUGUAUUUCCAUUAUCAGAAAUCAGGGACUUGUCGGUAAAGUUUGGACUAGACAAGAACAAGAUUCUGCUGAAAAUAGCGGUAUUAGUAAAGAUUACUACACUUCGAAGCCAUGCAAAGUGUGCGAGCGUUUUGACAGUACAUCGAAUAUGCUGAUAUGCGAUAGUUGCUUAUAUGCGUUUCAUAUGUCUUGCUUUAAUCCGUGCGUAACGAGAGUACCAGUUGGUGAGUGGCUUUGUGGUUCUUGCUUGAACAAGAAGCGUAAGAUAUUGAACGAAACAUCCAGUGGUGAUUCGGUAAAUAUCCGCAUGGAAUUAGGGUCCGUGGAAUUUAUGUUGAGAGACAAAGAGCCGUAUAUGUCUAGUGUGCGAGUUGGCGAUGAGUUUCAAGCUAUUGUUCCUGAUUGGUCGGGGCCCGUCUACAAUGAACGCAGUCCUAGUGUUGAUUGGUUAGAUGAGGACCUUUCGGAUAAUAUUAGCUUGCAGGAAUGGAGUAGUUACACAAAACCUUUAAAGCUUAGCUCUAUCGGUAACUGGCUUCAGUGUCGAGAGUUCAUUCAAGGCAGUGAUGAAGGAACUAUAUGUGGAAAAUGGCGCAGGGCUCCUCUUUUUGAAGUACAAAAUGAUGAUUGGGAGUGCUUCUGUUGUGUUCUUUGGGAUCCUUGUCACGCCGAUUGUGCUGCACCCCAGGAAGUAGACACUGAUGAAGUCAUGAAGCAACUAAAGUAUAUGGAUAUGUUGAGACCUCAGCUAAGGGUAGAUGCGAAAAGGCGCAAGUUGGAUUGUUCAAAGAGUGUGUAAACUUUGGUAAGAUCGACGGUGAAGAUUGGAAUCAAGAAUAUUCCGAUUCCGUCGAUUUUGUUCCAUUUUUUUUUUAUUUUAGAAUAUAAUUUUUUCAAUUCAUUCAUUCUUUUUUUUUUUUUUGUAGAAAUGUGUGGACAAAAGUCAUGAUUAAUCAUGUAUAAAUUUCCAGAAGUAAGAAAUCUUAUUU